AUGACUACAGCUGCAGAAAGAAAGUAUGUUAAUAUUAGAAAAAGAUUGGAUCAGUUGGGAUACCGCCAGACUCUGACAGUGGAGUGUUUACCCUUGGUAGAAAAACUCUUCAGUGACCUGGUUCAUACAACAGAAAGUCUUAGGAAAUCAAAAUUAUCUGCUGUGAAAGCCGAAAAAGAAAGUGCCAAUUUUGAUUUUGUUUUGGAACCUUACAAACUUGAAAAUACAAAAUUGAGCAAAGAAAAUAAUGAAUUAUACCUGGAAUUAAUGAAACUGAGAGAACAAUCGGCCCAACACAUUAAAGAGCUGAAAACUACAUUGAAGGAGAGUACACGUGAAACAGCUGAUCUGAAAUUUCUAAAUAACCAGUAUGUUCAUAAACUCAAACUUUUGGAGAAAGAGAGCAAAGCUAAGAAUGAAAAAAUUCAACAACUUCAAGAAAAGAAUUUGCAUGCUGUUGUACAAACUCCAGGCGGCAAGAAAAGAAGUAUUGCUUUUAGGCGCCAGCGAAUGCAAAUUGACCAACCAGUCCCUCCUUCUGAAGUCAGUUCCUAUCCAGUUCCUCAGCCAGAUGACCCUUACAUUGCAGACCUCCUACAAGUGGCUGAUAACAGAAUUCAAGAACUUCAAGAGGAAGUCCAUCAGUUACAAGAAAAAUUAGCCUUGUUGGAAAGUGGACUGAGAGAUUACAACAAGCAGAUUGAAUUAAGAGAACGAGAGAUAGAACGACUGUCCAUUGCAUUGGAUGGUGGCCGCUCCUCUGAUAUCCUCUCUCUGGAGUCUAAAAAUAAAACCAACGAAAAAAUUAUUGCUCAUUUAAAUAUUCAGGUUGACUUUCUUCAGCAAGCUAAUAAAGACCUGGAGAAACAUAUACAAGACCUUAUGGAAACGAAGGAAACAGUGACUACUGAAGUUGUUAAUUUAAGUAACAAAAAUGAAAAACUUUGCCAAGAAUUAACUGAAAUAGACCAGUUAGCACAGCAGUUGGAAAGACAUAAAGAAGAAGUGCUUGAGACUGCGGAUAAAGAACUGGGGGAAGCAAAGAAAGAGAUUAAAAGAAAUAUUUCUGAAAUGCGUAAUCUUGAAGAAACAAUGGCAAAACUUCAGCUGGAAUUAAACUUAUGCCAUAAAGAAAAAGAGAGACUGAGUGAUGAGCUUCUUAUUAGAUCAGACUUGGAAACUGUUGUUCAUCAGCUUGAACAAGAAAACCAAAGACUUAACAAAAAAAUGGAAAGUUUUGGAGUUACAGAAAGAGAACUUAUUUUGGAAGUUGAGAGGAUGAGGCUAGAGCAUGGAAUAAAACGUCGAGACAAGUCACCUUCUCGUUUAGAUACAUUUCUGAAAGGUAUAGAAGAAGAACGAGAUUUUUAUAAGAAAGAGCUAGAAAAACUCCAGCAUAUAAUACAGAGAAGAUCUUGUUCUGCAAAUUAUUCUGCACAUGAAAAACCUUCAACAUUUAAAAUGCUAGAAAAGGGUGAUUACAAUUCUGAAAUUCAUCUGGUCACAAGAGAAAGAGAUGAACUUCAACAUAUGCUGGAAAGAUUUGAGAAACAUAUGGAGGAUAUACAGGCCAAUGUUAAAUUAUUGACAGCAGAAAGAGAUAAACUAAGUGUUUUAUAUCAUGAAGCUCAGGAAGAAUUAUCUUCACUAAGACAAGAAUCCAGCCAAAGCAUAGUCUCCCAUAAUGUUAGUCUGAUGGAAAAGGAAAAAGAAGUUGCAAUAUCUGAUUUAAGAAGGGUUAUAGCAGAAAAGGAAGCUUUAAAGGACAAGUUAAAAAGUUUUGAGGAAAUGAGUCUUUUUGGGAAAUCAGAAUUUGAGAAAACUAUUGAACAUUUAACAUAUGUUAAUCACCAGCUUGAAAAUGAAAACUGUGAAUUAAAGUCUAAAAUUUUAUUAAUGAAAGAAUCAAUGGAAUCACUAGAGAACAAGGCAAAAUUCCAAGCUCAAAAACUUAGCCAUGUGGCUGGUGACUCAACUUUUCAUAAAACAGAGAUGAACUCACUUAGGAUAGUAAAUGAGCAGCUACAGCGGUCUCUUGAUGAUUAUCAGCACCGACUUUCCAUCCAAAGAGGUGAACUUGAAUCAGCCGAAGCACAAAUUAAAAUGCUGGAGGAAAAUAUAGGUAAACUGCACCUUAAGAUGACUUCACAGGAUCAAGAAGCUCAUGUCAUGAAAAAAACCAUUGGUGUUAUUGAUAAAGAAAAAGACUUCCUUCAGGAGGCUGUAGAUGAGAAGACAGAACAUAUUGCAAACUUGCAAGAAAACCUUGCUAAUAAAGAAAAAGCUAUUGCUCAGAUGCAGAUAACGUUCUCAGAGUAUGAAUCAUCUUUGAACCAGCUAAAGGAGACACUGAAGAAUCGGGACCAUGAGAUAAACAGCCUCUUGCGCCAGCUUGAUGCAACUAACAAAGAACUCGAUGAAGUAGGAAGAUCUAAAGAAAUAAUUUGUAAGGAAAAUAGAAGAUUACAAGAUGAUCUGGCUACAAUGGCAAGAGAAAACCAAGAAAUCUCACUGGAAUUGGAAGCAGCAGUGCAAGAAAAAGAAGAAAUGAAGAGUAGAGUUCAUAAUUACAUAACAGAGGUGUCACGAUGGGAGAACUUAAUGGCUACUAAGGAAAAAGAAAAUCAAGAUUUGUUAGAUAGAUUUCAAAUGCUUCAUAACCGUGCUGAAGACUGGGAGGUCAAAGCCCAUCAAGCUGAGGGACAAAGCAGCUCAGUUCGACUGGAACUUCUUUCUAUUGACACGGAGAGGAGGCACCUUCGUGAAAGAGUGGAGCUCUUAGAAAAAGAAAUUCAGGAGCACAUAAAUGCACAUCAUGCCUAUGAAUCUCAGAUCUCAUCAAUGGCAAAAGCCAUAUCUAGAUUAGAAGAAGAGCUGAGACAUCAAGAAGAUGAGAAAGCAACAGCGUUCAAUGAUUUGUCAUCUCUUAGAGAACUCUGUAUUAAGCUUGACUCAGGCAAAGAUGUUAUGACCCAGCAAUUGAAUGCUAAAAACCUUGAAUUUGAGAGGGUUGUGAUGGAAUUAGAAAAUGUAAAAUCAGAAUCAGAUCUGUUAAAAACACAAUUAUCAAGUGAGAGACAUACGAUUAAAAAUCUUGAAUCAUUGUUGGCUACGAAUAGAGAUAAAGAAUUUCAUUCUCAUUUAACGUCCCAAGAGAAGGAUACAGAAAUUCAGUUACUUAAAGAGAAGUUAACCCUUUCAGAAAGCAAAUUAACCAGUCAAAGCCGGGAGAACACCAUGCUUCGGGCUAAAGUGGCACAAUUACAAACAGAUCAUGAUACCAUGAAAAGGCAGAUUUCAACUGAAAGAUAUGAACGAGAACGAGCAAUCCAGGAGAUGCGUCGACAUGGUCUUCCCACACCACCCCUUAGUUCUACUCUGAAAUCUCCUUUACAUUCUCCUGAACAUAUACAUGAUGAUUUUUAG